AUGUAUCUUGCAGUUGGUACACGUCCAGAUAUUGCUUACUCUGUCAAUUAUUUGAGUCAGUAUAAUAACUGCUACAAUAAACAACAUUGGACUGUUGCCAAAAGAAUUCUUCGUUAUUUGAAGAAGACAAUUGAUUAUGGUCUCACAUACAAAAAGGGAAAACAUGAUAAACUGGUUGGUCAUGUUGAUGCUGAUUGGGCUGGUUGUUCAAUUGAUAGAAAAUCAUACACUGGUUUUGUUUUUACAUUUUCUGGAGCGGCUAUUACAUGGGAAGCUAAAAAACAGCAAACAGUUGCUUUAUCAUCUACUGAAGCUGAAUACAUGGGGUUAACUGAAGCUUCAAAAGAAGCUAUUUAUUUGAAAAACUUAAUUAAUGAGAUGAAUAUCAAAAAUUCUGAAACAAUAGAUAUUUUCAAUGAUAACCAAAGUGUACAACGUUUGAGCAAAAAUCCCAUAUAUCAUGCACGUACAAAACAUAUUGAUGUCAGGCAUCACUUUAGAAGGAAUGCAAUUGAAAGCAAUGAUGUUUGUUUAAAUUAUCAACCUUCGGAUGAUUUAAUGGCUGAUAUAUUUACCAAGGGUUUAGGGGAGGGUGUUGGCAAGAAUAAUAAUAAUAAUAAUAAUAAUAAUAAUAAUAAUAAUAAUAAUAAUAAUAAUAAUAAUAAUAAUAAUAAUAAUAAUAAUAAUAAUAAUAAUAAUAAUAAUAAUAAUAAUAAUAAUAAUAAUAAUAAUAAUAAUAAUAAUAAUAAUAAUAAUAAUAAUAAUAAUAAUAAUAAUAAUAAUAAUAAUAAUAAUAAUAAUAAUAAUAAUAAUAAUACACAUAAUAAUAAUAAUAAUAAUAAUAAUAAUAAUAAUAAUAAUAAUAAUAAUAAUAAUAAUAAUAAUAAUAAUAAUAAUAAUAAUAAUAAUAAUAAUAAUAAUAAUAAUAAUAAUAAUAAUAAUAAUAAUAAUAAUAAUAAUAAUAAUAAUAAUAAUAAUAAUAAUAAUAAUAAUAAUAAUAAUAAUAAUAAUAAUAAUAAUAAUAAUAAUAAUAAUAAUAAUAAUAAUAAUAAUAAUAAUAAUAAUAAUAAUACACACAAUAAUAAUAAUAAUAAUAAUAAUAAUAAUAAUAAUAAUAAUAAUAAUAAUAAUAAUAAUAAUAAUAAUAAUAAUAAUAAUAAUAAUAAUAAUAAUAAUAAUAAUAAUAAUAAUAAUAAUAAUAAUAAUAAUAAUAAUAAUAAUAAUAAUAAUAAUAAUAAUAAUAAUAAUAAUAAUAAUAAUAAUAAUAAUAAUAAUAAUAAUAAUAAUAAUAAUAAUAAUAAUAAUAAUAAUAAUAAUAAUAAUAAUAAUAAUAAUAAUAAUAAUAAUAAUAAUAAUAAUAAUAAUAAUAAUAAUAAUAAUAAUAAUAAUAAUAAUAAUAAUAAUAAUAAUAAUAAUAAUAAUAAUAAUAAUAAUAAUAAUAAUAAUAAUAAUAAUAAUAAUAAUAAUAAUAAUAAUAAUAAUAAUAAUAAUAAUAAUAAUAAUAAUAAUAAUAAUAAUAAUAAUAAUAAUAAUAAUAAUAAUAAUAAUAAUAAUAAUAAUAAUAAUAAUAAUAAUAAUAAUAAUAAUAAUAAUAAUAAUAAUAAUAAUAAUAAUAAUAAUAAUAAUAAUAAUAAUAAUAAUAUAUAA